AUGAAGAAAUUCAUCAAUUAUCUGCAGGACCAAGCCGUCCAAGCAAGCCAGCAAAAGUACUCCGGUGCCGCCUAUCUCUCACCAGCAUCGAAAGAGCCACAACAACGUGAACAUCACCACGGCCCGUCCCAGUACAAAGCCCAACACACUGCGCACCAUCAACGCCGCGCCGAACACCCCAGUACUGCAGCCCACAGCUUUCCCGCGCACACAGCAGCAGGAGCAACAGCCACGCUCCCCAAGAACUCCAAUGGACAACGAGACCCAUCUCCACCACCGAUCCCCGAGCCUUUGCAUCGCGAUAUCACACGGCACCAAUACGCGUUCGACCACAUCCUGCAAUCCUACGAGCUAUACAUUCCCGAACUCGACGCAUCACAUCUCUCCGACCCAAACGCCCAAAGAUACUGGGUAGUCUACAUCCAUGGCGGCUAUUUCCGCGACCCGAGCGUAACGUCUUCAUCAUUCUACCCUGCUCUGUCGCAGUUGGUAGGUCCUCCCCAUCAUCAUGGCGGGGGUGGCGGUGGUAGUGACCAUCAUCAUCCACAUCUACAUCUCCCUCAUCCAUUCCAACACGACGCCGACAACAUCACAGCAUAUAUAGCAGGUUACGCAUCCAUCAACUACCGCCUCUCGCCACAUCAUGACAAAGCACCCCAAGACCCGAACACGACUUCGGCCUAUGAAUUGCGAAACGCGAAAUGGCCCGACCACAUUCACGACGUCCUGGCCGCCAUAGCGCACCUUCAGCAGAAAUACGGGUUCGGCGAACGGUAUCUGCUGGUUGGCCACAGUGUCGGCGCGACAAUGGCUGUGUUGAGCACUCUUGCGAGCAAGGAGACAUUUACUACAGCUCCCACCGAUCAGAACAAUUCAGACGAUGCUAAUGCGCGUCUUCAGCUUCCGCAAACCGAGCCGCCACUUGUUGUGCUGGGAGUUUCGGGUAUCUACGAUUUCGAAUUACUCCACGACUCGUUCCCUUCGUGUGUCAGCUUGACCAGGAACGCGAUGCCGGAUCCCAGGGACCAUGUGCUGGCGAGUCCCGCGCGGUAUCCGGCUGCCGAGUACAUUGAUAUCUGGGCCAAGAGUGGCAACUCGGAGAGGGUUAGAGAGGGAGUAGGCGAAGGAACAGAAGAAACGGUGCCGAGUCCAAACCUGCUUCAGCACCAAAAGCAAAAGCAGAUUGAGACCAGCCAGACCCAAAGGAAGCCGACUCGCGCCUUGAUCCUAGCUCAUUCGCGCGAUGAUGGUCUGGUUGACUGGACCCAAGUCGAGGCGAUGGAAGGCGUAUUCCACACCACACAACCCAAAGCGCAAAAAACAGGAUACGCUAGUGGCAACUCUCACGAAAAUGACAACGGUAACAGUACUGGUGGAUCAGGGCCGACCUUCGACAAAGACCAAGACAAAGUCGAAGGUGGCGGCGACGGUGAUAUCGCGGUGAAACUAAUCGAAAUCGAAGGCCAACAUAACGACAUCUGGUCCCAAGGCACCGAACUAGCCCGGGUGAUUCGCGAAGGGAUGCACGUCCUGCGAAAUCUCGACAUGGGUGUCAUGGAGUAG